AGUCUCAGGGUUGCCAUCAUGUAGUUGUGUGUGUUACAAUAUUUCAAGUACCCCGCGUGUAAUUUCACAUCAACAGAGAAAUAAAACUAUGCGUAAUGUCUCCUUGCUGUACUGUGAAUAGGUAGCCCUGCUAAUUUGAACGUUUUAAACAUUAAUGUGCGUGGAGCUGCGUCAACCCAGCUGCUAUCGGAUUGUAUCUCCACAGCCCCCCUGCGCUCGAAUAGCUGUUGGAACAAUCCGCAUCGCAGGGUGUGGAUCCGGAGCGGUCCAGAAAGGGUAGCCAGCACAGGGAGUAAUAACGGGAGAGGGGCGAAUAUGAGUUAAUGCUACCCGGGAAGAACAGAGGUGAAUAUCCUGCGAGAAUGAAUGAAAAUAUAGUUCAUUGUUUGACCUGGAGGUAUCAAAGGCAACAGUAGCGUGAGGAGAGCGCACCGAGACACAUACGGAAGCGCCGAACUGACUGGCAGCGAACGACUGCGUAGAAGACGGUGUGAGAGGGAGGUGACAGUGUUGAAAAGUAUAUUGCUUUUGUUCAUUUGGAACUACGGAGUAUUGGGUUUUGUUUUAAAUGCACGUUUUUAUUUUACUUUCGCGGGGAUCACGACUCACUUCCGGGAACCCACUUUAUUUUUUGUUGAGCAUUCGCUACAGUUUUUGUAUCAAAACUGACGAAGAGACUCCAAAACCGGAAUAUUGUACUAUCGCCAAUGUCUUGUCAGACGAGAUACAUCAAUUUAAAAUAAAAAAAAUAUAUAUAUGGGAGAGUGCGGACCGGAUUUAUUGAAUAUGUAAAAUAUUAUAUUCAAGUAUUUGACAUUCUGUAGUUAACAACCAGCCUUUGCCACCCAAGUGAACUGGCGAGAGAGAAGGAUACAUUUUUGCUGCGUAUGUGGACGCGUCUCUGGCAAAUCAAAAUUGAAGAUUCACUUCUCUUUUUUUAUUAUCAAGAGAGGCGCAUUGACUCUACCUAGAUCAGAGACUUUGGAAUAGAGCGCAAGAAACUGACACUGAAAACGGUUUUACUUUUGUUGUGCCUUGGAAUACACUUACUUGCACAUGAACACUUUGCUUUGUCGUAUUUAUUUUUGCAUGCACAUGUUUAUUUCUUCUUCCUGCACACGAUAACAUUUUUCACAAGCUAAAGGUUGUUACUCGUGUUUUUAGUUCCGUGUCCCUCUCCUCCCACCUCUCGACCUGGCAGGCUUAAAGGGCACCAGUUAACUGUGGACUUCGCUAGUUCCUUCAAGGGGGAAGGGUAGAUUUUCAUGUUUGUGCAUCUGGUGGAGGAGACAAAGACAAAAAGCUUUUACUGUGGAUGAUUUAUCUCUCUGAACUGGACCUGUUGUCACUGGAUUAAACCACCAGGUUGAAGUCUGGGAAAGAAAACAGCACAGAUGUUUUGGAUUGCUUUCACCUGCUUAUUUUUUUGAGUGAUUAGUUCACAAUAGGAUACUUACACAGAAUCUAAGAGGCAAAGGCUAUUUUUAGGGAGAGUGAUGGGGUAAAUGGUGGUAGUUGGAAAUUGAGACCCCCACCCUCAGCCCAACAACACUUCCAGCUUUAGCUCUGGUUCCAUUGUCAGCUGCUGAAUUAUCAAAACUGGAAAUCCGAGUGGGGGUCCCGUCUCAGUCAAUCUCCCAGAUAUACAUCUCACCCUUGUCUACUAUCUGACUAUCUUCUUUGCAUCUUUGACUGGAAUUAAAAAAUAAAUUCAACAAGGAACAAUGCAUGAAACUCCGCACUUAUAAGAAGCAAACUUGAGUAACCAAAUAUUUUCUUCCCCAUAUACACAGAGAAGCAUAUUUUUAUAUAUAAUAUAUAUAUAUUAUAUAUAUAAUAUAUAUAUAUUAAAUAAGAAAUAGCUAUGAAUUAUAUAAGAAUAUGUAGUUUAAAUAAUUAUAUUAUAUUUUUACGUCAGAAAUAAGCAUUGUUGCCUGAAACCCAGUUCAUUGCCUUAGAGAAACAUAGUAAUAAAGAAUACAGAGGAAAGACGACGUGAAACUUUUUGGGAAACAAGUUAAUGGUGCCUUUUUAGUUCCGUUGGUUCCUAAUGUCUCCACCACUUCAGGAUUGAAUUGUUGACAAAUAAAUAUUUUUGUGUGAAACCCUUAUAUAUAUAUAUAUAUACCUGCCUUUCCGGUUCAAACUUGAGUUAUAUUGUCGUUGGAUGUAUAUUGCUGAAUUGCAGAGAUUUCUGAAGAUUUCUGAGACGAGGAUUACCCCUUCACUCUACACUUGAUGCAUCCUCAUAGUUUUCCAAAGUAAUUUUGGAAUCCCCAAAUUAUAAACUUUGACUUGAUUUCUGGGAUACAGCGGCCCAACACACAAGAGUUUCCGAUGGUGAUCACUUCGUCAGUGGAGGAGAAGCCACAGCCUUCUAACAGAAUGGUCGCAAAUCUGCCGACCGAAUCCUGGAUCAACAACCCAGAGCAAAGUCGCUACUUACCAACUCAGUCACACCUUCUCCGGAAACCGACAAAAAGUGGAAGCAGCUCAGGAUGCAAGCCCCCCUCCUCUACCCUCUGCCAGCCUGCCGCCUUGGGCUUCUCCCCCGCUGAGCCAACCAUGUCGAGCCAGCACAGCCACCCCUCCUUCAGCAACAUCCACUCCAUGGCUGAACAGCAGCAGGUGCUGUCUGAUGCGACCAUACUGCAGAGGAGGAUCCCCCCAAGUUUUAGAGAUCCCGCCAGCGCCCCGCUGAGAAAACUCUCUGUCGAUCUGAUCAAGACUUACAAGCACAUCAAUGAGGUGUACUACACGAAGAAGAAGCGGCGUGCCCAGCAGGUGCCCCCGGAGGACACGAGCACUAAGAAGGAGCGGAAGGUGUACAACGAUGGCUACGAUGACGACAACUACGACUACAUCGUCAAGAACGGGGAGAAGUGGCUGGACCGCUACGAGAUUGACUCGCUCAUCGGCAAGGGCUCCUUCGGGCAGGUGGUGAAAGCAUAUGACCACCACGAGCAGGAGUGGGUGGCCAUCAAGAUCAUCAAGAACAAGAAAGCCUUCCUGAACCAGGCCCAGAUAGAGCUGCGACUGCUGGAGCUCAUGAACAAACACGACACCGAGAUGAAGUACUACAUAGUCCACCUGAAGAGGCACUUCAUGUUCCGGAACCACCUGUGCCUGGUGUUCGAGCUUCUCUCCUACAACCUGUACGACCUCCUGCGCAACACCAACUUCCGCGGCGUCUCUCUCAACCUGACCAGAAAGUUUGCCCAGCAGCUGUGCACGGCGCUGCUGUUCCUGGCCACGCCCGAGCUCAGCAUCAUCCACUGCGACCUCAAACCCGAGAACAUCCUGCUGUGCAACCCCAAGCGCAGCGCCAUCAAGAUCGUUGACUUCGGCAGCUCCUGUCAACUAGGCCAGAGGAUCUACCAGUACAUCCAGAGUCGGUUCUACAGAUCUCCGGAGGUGUUGCUGGGCAUGCCCUACGACCUGGCCAUUGACAUGUGGUCCCUGGGCUGCAUCCUGGUGGAGAUGCACACGGGAGAACCCCUCUUCAGCGGCUCCAACGAGGUGGAUCAGAUGAAUAAGAUAGUGGAGGUGCUGGGGGUCCCUCCCAACCACAUGCUGGAUCAGGCUCCCAAAGCACGGAAGUACUUUGACAAGCUGUCCGACGGUCUGUGGACCGUCAAGAAGAACAAGGACAUAAAGAAGGUACUUUACCCCUCGGCCUCCGAGUACAAGCCUCCUGCGACGCGGCGGCUCCAUGAGAUCCUGGGGGUGGAGACCGGGGGUCCUGGCGGGAGGCGGGGCGGAGAGCAGGGGCACGCUCCCUGCGAUUACCUGAAGUUCAAGGACUUGAUCCUGCGCAUGCUGGACUACGACCCCAAAACGCGCAUCACGCCCUUCUAUGCGCUGCAGCACAACUUCUUCAAGAAGACGACGGACGAGGGCACCAACACCAGCAGUUCCACCUCCACCAGCCCGGCCAUGGACCACAGCCACUCCACCUCCACCACCAGCUCCGUCUCCAGCUCCGGUACGGGACACAGCAGUGGAUCUAGCGGUUCUUCCAAUGACAACCGGAAUUACCGGUACAGUAACCGGUACUACAACAGUGCAGUUACUCACUCAGACUAUGAGAUGCAGAGUCCACAGGCUCCAUCUCAGCAGCAGCUGCGCCUCUGGCCGGGGGGAGAGGGGGGCAUGGGUCCCCUGUCCAACAGCGGCAGUAGCGUUGGCGAUCCCCCAUACCCCCAGCUGCUGCUGCACAAGCCGGCGGCCACCCAGCACUCGCGCCACUUCCUGGGAGGCGGUGGCGUCGGGGGCAUGAUGGAACCACACCACCCGCACCCCAUCUACGGCAGUCACCACGGCAACGGGCGGGGCCUGCGGCAGACUGGGCAGGGGAACCAGCCCCAGGGCCAGGCUUCACAGGGCCAGCAGGGCCAGCCCCUGAUGCCCAUCUCCUCCCCACAGAUGCCGGACAGCAUCGAGCUCAGCCUCACACACCACCACCAUCUGGGUCAGUCUUCCAUCAUGCCGCCCCCAUCCAGCUUGGACUCCAGCCAGUACGGCUCCUCCAACCUCCACCUGGGCCUCUCUGCCUUUCGGACUAGGACGGUCAUGGCCCCCCAGCCGCCCCCCGCCGGCUCUCAGCAACAGUUGGCCCAGCCCCCAGCCUCUCAGGACAGCUUGGUCGCUGCCUCCGGGCUUGGAUACAUCCCCCCAUGCUACCCGGGAAGUAACAACAAUAACAACCCUCCCCAGGGUAGCGUGGUCGGGGGCGGGAUGCUCACCGGGGGGCCCCCACCCAGGGGAGUAGGGGGCGGUGGGGGGAGGCCGGACUCUGAGGAGUCCACCAUGAUGGGUGUGUGCGGCAGUGGAGGAGGCGGUGGUCAGAACACGGCCAACUCUUGAUAAAUCUUGAACAAAUUCCAAAAGCCAUACAAUUUUAACAACGACAACAUUACAAUUUCAACACGCAUACAUACACAGUAUACACUCUUGAGUUUGGAACAAAUACGGCCACACAUACAGUUACAGAGACAACCUUGUGAAAUAUCAAAGGAGUUUUGUUUUGUUUUUGCAUGGGAGAAGGUUGAGGGAGAGUAAGAGAGGGAGAGUAAGAGAGGGAGAGUAAGAGAGGGAAGGCUUUGAAACCAUUUUUAUCCUUUUUUCAGUUUCUUUGUUUUUAUUUUGUUGAAGGAAAGAAACGGGGCUCAGUAGUUGGAAUGGAAAGUUUCAGAUAAGUUUGUUUUUAUUGUUAUUAAUAUUAUAUUAUUUGAUUUUAUGUGAUUUAAGGAAAGAUUUGCAGCGAGAUUUUUGUUGUUUGGGUUGUUUUUUGGAAUGAAGACCGCAAAGGUAAAUGAAUGGUUUGAAAAGUGGUAAUUGUUGGUUUAGAAGAGGGAGGCACGAGAGAGUACCCUUAUGCUAUUUUUUUUCAAUCUUUUUUAUUUUCUUUGUUUUUGUUUAGUUUUUCUGAAGUCUAGGUUUAAUUGUACAUGUUUUAUUUAUUAAACAUCACUACAUGAGGAGGAGGGUAAGCGGGGAGAUCGGAAGAGCGCUAAAUUGAGAGGUGGUUUAUUUAUUCAUUUUAAUUUAUACAGGUUUUUUUUCCCGCUGACGGACAGUAAACACUUGUGCAUACACGGAGAAACAAACAAACUAGGGUCUUUUUUAGUUUGUUUUUCAGUUCAGUAUAUCUCACCCCCGAAACACACACACACACACUUUUGUUACAUUUAUUUGUUUUAUGUUUCCAAUCUUCUCUCGCUUGACACUGGCUUAUAUAUCUGAAACUACGAAACAGAUCAUAGAAAUGAAAUGAAGCAAAUGACAAAAACCGUAGUCACCACACAGUGAGAAACUAUACGAUGAGGAGGCUGAAACAUUUGACGAAGUGAGACGCUUUCAAGAGGAGAGGGGGAACAGAACUUCUACACAAAAGGAGGAAGUGAUUCAAGAAUGAAAAACAACAAAACAUUUUGCCACAAGGAAAACCAAAAUGCUUCCCUGUUGUUUAAAAAAAAAAAAUGUCUGCCUUCUACUUCAACAUCUAACCAGACUCUUUCACCCUCUUUCUCUGUCUUUCUCUCUGUCUUUUCUUACUCAAUUUUGUUUUGGACCAUAAACUACAGAAACGUAACACAUUUUGGGUUGGAGUAACUGGAUAUGCUAAGCCAAAUCUUGCUUGCUCUCUCUGUCUCGCUCUCUUCUCCUCUGCCCCAUUUUUCUGUUGGAAGGGAGGGGGGAGGGGGGCAAUAUAUAGCAGGAGGGAGGAGUACAUACUUAUGAGGGGACACUUUCAUGCCCUCCUUACCCCUACAGCCCCCGUGACUGACUUCUCUGGCCUCUUUUCUUACUCCUGUCUUUUGUUCUCCCCUUCCCUCCCUCCUUCACGACACUCUGUGAGUGCUGUUUGCCAUCAAGUCAAAAAAAAGUGAACUACUUCUCUCUCGGCUGCUAUCUCCACUUUCAACCAUGUUCGGAUUGCUGCUAAAGAAAACAAACAGACAGACAGAUAAAUAAAUAAAAAUGAAACUUUUUAACCCUCCUGCUUCAGAAAAAAAUGGAAAAAAUAAACCACUGCAUCUCAUGUAUUUAUUACUAUUUAACAAGAAAAAGAAAAGGUAAAAAUGAACCUGUUUUCUUCUGUUUUUUGUUUGGUUGCCUUCUUCCUGCUGGUGAAAGUUGGGCAUUGACUAAAUGUAACAGUUAAAGGUGGUAUUAAAACACUGACUUAGUUUAAGUCAGCCACUGGGCGGGGCCUGAAUGGGGGAAACUGGGUAAGAAUAAAGUUGGAUAUAUAAGAAUAAAGAGUAUACUUUUGCACACAAAGGUCAAAUGCAAAUCACAGCUUUCUGCUUUUUUCAGCUUUGUCGACAGACCCUCAUCUGAGCAAUGUGCAUACAGUAGCAGGCCUACCACAAAGACAAACUGUUGAUGUGGCAAGCUAAGUGAUCACUGACAUGGCAUAAUAAAUCUGAGAUUUGCG